CAUUCCAGCGGCAAAUAUGUCCGCGUCGGUGAAUGAAGUGUGUAUGAUCGUUCCUAAAAAUAUAAUCAUAUAAUGUUAGAUUGAACUUUUAUAUCAACUUAUUGGUUCAGUUGAAGUUAAACGUACCUAUAUGCAACUUGCUGUAUGACAGCUGAGGAGAAUGACAUCAAUUAUCAAACUGACGGCUGUUUCGGGGGUGCAGGAGGAGUCUGCCCUCUGCUACCUGCUGCAGGUGGAUGAGUUUCGCUUCCUUUUGGACUGUGGCUGGGAUGAGAGCUUCUCCAUGGACAUAAUUGAUGCCAUGAAAAGGUAUGUCCACCAGGUCGAUGCAGUUCUUCUCUCCCACCCCGACCCCCUCCACCUGGGGGCUCUGCCCUAUGCCGUCGGGAAACUGGGCCUCAACUGUCCCAUUUACGCCACCAUCCCCGUCUACAAGAUGGGUCAGAUGUUCAUGUAUGACCUGUAUCAGUCGCGCAACAACACUGAGGAUUUCAGCCUGUUUACCCUGGAUGAUGUGGACUGUGCUUUUGACAAAAUUCAGCAGCUGAAGUACUCCCAGAUUGUAAAUCUAAAAGGAAAAGGACAUGGCCUGUCCAUUACUCCACUUCCUGCUGGCCACAUGAUUGGAGGGACCAUCUGGAAGAUUGUGAAGGAUGGCGAGGAGGAGAUUGUUUACGCGGUGGACUUCAAUCACAAGAGAGAAAUCCACCUGAAUGGGUGCACAUUGGAGUCCAUAAGUCGUCCCUCUUUACUCAUUACGGACUCCUUCAACGCUACGUAUGUGCAGCCGCGUCGCAAACAGAGGGACGAGCAGCUCCUCACCAAUGUGAUGGAGACUCUACGUGGCGACGGUAACGUUCUGAUUGCCGUGGAUACGGCGGGCCGUGUUCUGGAGCUGGCUCAGCUGCUGGACCAGAUCUGGAGGACUAAAGAUGCUGGCCUGGGGGUCUACUCUUUGGCCCUGCUCAACAACGUCAGCUACAAUGUGGUGGAGUUCUCCAAGUCUCAGGUGGAGUGGAUGAGUGACAAGCUGAUGCGCUGCUUUGAGGACAAGCGCAACAACCCCUUCCAGUUCCGCCACCUGUCUCUGUGCCACAGCCUGGCCGACCUGGCCCGGGUGCCCAGCCCCAAGGUGGUCCUCUGCAGCCAGCCGGACCUGGAGUCUGGCUUCUCCCGCGAGCUCUUCAUCCAGUGGUGCCAGGAGGCCAAGAACUCUGUGAUCCUCACCUACCGAACCACCCCCGGAACCCUGGGCCGCUACCUCAUCGACAACCCCGGGGAGAAGGUGGUGGACCUGGAGAUUAGGAAACGGGUGAAGCUGGAAGGGAGAGAGCUGGAGGAAUACCUUGACAAAGAAAGAAUGAAGAAAGAAGCCGCCAAAAAACUUGAACAAGAAAAAGAAGUGGACGUUGACUCAAGUGACGAGAGUGACAUGGAGGAUGAUCUGGAGCUGCCGGCAGUGGUGAAGACGAAACACCACGACCUGAUGAUGAAGGGAGACGGAGUUCGCAAGGGCAGCUUCUUCAAACAGGCCAAGAAGUCCUACCCGAUGUUCCCCACCCACGAAGAGAGGGUGAAAUGGGAUGAGUAUGGAGAGAUCAUCCGACCAGAGGACUUCCUGAUCCCAGAGCUUCAGGCCACAGAGGAGGAGAAGAACAAGCUAGAGUCAGGCAUGGCCAAUGGAGAUGAACCCAUGGAUCAAGACUCCUCAUCCAAAGUCCCCACCAAAUGCACCUCCUCUACAGAAAGCAUAGAGAUCAAAGCCAGAGUGACGUACAUCGACUACGAGGGCCGUUCGGAUGGCGACUCCAUCAAGAAGAUCAUCAACCAGAUGAAGCCUCGGCAGUUGGUCAUAGUGCACGGCCCCCCCGAGGCCAGUCUGGACCUGGCUGAGUCCUGUAAGGCCUUCACCAAGGACAUCAAGGUUUAUACACCCAAGCUCCAGGAGACAGUGGACGCCACCAGCGAGACACACAUCUACCAGGUGCGCUUGAAAGACUCGCUGGUGAGCUCGCUGCAGUUCUGCCGCGCCAAGGACACCGAGCUGGCGUGGAUCGACGGCGUGCUGGACAUGCGCGUGGUCAAAGUGGACACGGGCGUGCUGCCGGAGGAGGGCACGUUAAAGGGCGAGAAGGGAGCGGGCGAGGAGACGGCGGAGGACGGCGAGCUGGCCAUGGACGUGACCCCGGCUGACGACAGCACCACGGACCACAGCGCCGUGGCGCAGCAGCGCGCCAUAAAGACGCUGUUCGGUGAGGAAGUGCGUGAGCCGUCGGAGGAGAGCGACGUCAUCCCCACGUUGGAGCCCCUGCCCCCCCACGAGACCCCGGGCCACCAGUCGGUGUUCAUCAACGAGCCGCGCCUCUCCGACUUCAAGCAGGUGCUGCUGAGGGAGGGCAUCCAGGCCGAGUUCGUGGGAGGGGUGCUGGUGUGCAACAACAUGGUGGCCGUCCGCAGGACGGAGGCUGGGCGCAUCGGCCUGGAGGGCUGCCUGUGUGAUGACUACUACAAGAUCCGCGAGCUGCUGUAUCAGCAGUACGCUGUGAUUUAGGAGGCCGCGCCGGCAGUGCCGCGAUCACACAGAGACAUUCCGUUGGGAGGGGAGCGGUGGGAGAGGAGGCCGGCCGCCCGCCCGAGGACCGCAGCCGCCCGCCCGAGGACCGCAGCCGUCCACGUGUUCUCCACACGCCUCUCCAGCUGUUUGGCUUCCAACCGCUGUGUGGAUUUUGCUUUAUGUUGUCUUUGUUUACUGUUUUAUUUGAUUUUUUCUCUCUAGUGCGUCUUUCUACCCGCAGUGAGACAGACAGGCUCUCCCGGAGUGACCUCUCCUCAAUGCAAACGGACCGUGACCCUUAGGGUCUUUUUUUAUUUCUCCUCAAUCCCCCUCAGCUCUGGGCUGCACGGGAGAAAAGACACCAGCAUAGACUUAGAUAGACGUGGCCUUGUUUUAUCUGCACCGUUAUGGCAUCUGUGAGGAUGGGUGGUGACACUGAAGCCAUUUUUUGGGAGGAAUUAUUUCAUUCUACUACUGUAAACAAUCUGAAAGCCUGGGCUAGGCCAACUGUUGUGUGUUGGCAGAACAGGUAUUAAGACAUUGUUUGCGAUUUUCUGCCACCUGCUGUUAUGGAAUUCCUGCUCAGAGGUGUUAUUCAUUGACCUCUCUACGACCUGGAUGGACAUUUGUCACCCAUAGGAAUCCCUGCCCAAUUGAAUAAUUCAAAAUGAUGCCAAAACCAAAUUUGGGAUCUAUCAUUUUCUAUACUUACCGUAAACAGGCUAAGGAGUCAAAACAUUACUCCACAUAGGCUCAAAUGUUUCCUAGUUUUUUGGAUUUGUAUGUCACAUUAAAUUCCCUUUUUUGAACAGUU